UUGCAUUUCACGUAGUUAAGCUUAAAAUCCCGAGACGCUCCGAUGACUUUCUCCAAAGCCCUAAAGUUCUGGUUCGCUUUCAUGUACACCGUCUAAUGUCUCUCGUGUUAUUCUGUCUAUGCAUUUUUUCCCUUGUAGCCUGGUUCGUGGUUCGAUUGGUUUGGUUUAUAUGGGAAUUUUAAUCUCUUGUUUGCUGAUAGUAGGUUGGAUUUAGAACAUUCUCUUUUUUUCUCUCUUUUUUAAACUUUUUUAUUUGUUUCGGUCUUUAAGAAAGUUUUUUUUUUUUCGUUGAUAUUGUUUUUGUCUGGUUUUACGUUUUUUUUUUAUAUUUAUUUUUUUUCUCUCUUCACUAAUGACAGUUUUGGGAAACUUACAAUGAAUGUUUUCUUUUUCCAGGUACGGAGUCGCAGCGAGACCUCCAGACAGACUGAGGCAUCGUGAUGAACUCGAGUGCAAGAUGAAGUAUUCCUCGAGGCGUUUGCAGUGCCAGGUGACCUAGUGCCGCCGGUGUCAGGCCGGCCCGAGUGCCAAGAGGCGCCGCCGAGGAGCAGCGUCGCGCGACCGUCUCAGACGGAGUGUCCCGGCCAGCGACGCUCGAGGGGAACACGGAGAGCGGCCGCUGGCAGCGAGGGUACUGCCGCGGAGGAAGAUGAGCUCGAGCGACGUGGCCGCCGUGGUGGGGGCGGUGCAGUGGGGGGAUGAAGGCUCGUACGUGCGGGAGGUGGCCGCCCGCGGCCCCUUGCCGCAGCUGGCCAAGGUCAUCAAGGGGCAGUACCUGGGCGUCGGCGUGCCCUCCCUGGCCAACCCCGGCCUGGCGUCCACGCUGCUGCUGCUGUCUGCGGGGCGCGGGCUGCGUGUCGCCGCGCAGUGCGUCAAGUUCAAGGAGGGGCGGCGCGUGGUUCCCGUCGGGCCCAAGCUCACGAUCCCCGAGUCCUACGACGGCUUCUUCGAGAUCCUAAGCGAGGACGGGCGCGCCGUGCGCUGCAUGGAGAGCGUGGCGGAGCUGGCCAAGCGCUUCCCCGACUCGGCGCUCGUGCGCGAGAGCAUCAAGGCGUACGUGUCGCGCUCCGACGACGUGGACACCAUCACGGAGAAGUCGCGCGCCGUGCAGAGCGGCGAGACGCUGGUGCUGGUGGGCGAGGUGAUCGGCUCCAAGAACGGCAAGAGCCAGCACCGCUUCCUGCGCUGCUUCGACCAGGCCGGCCAGAACGUGUACCUGCCGUACGACGCGCGCGGCAAGUUCUCCGCCAUCGCCAAGGAGGACAACAUCAGCGGCGUGCACAGCAUCCGCAACCUCCUCAACAAGCGCCUGCCGCUCAUGGUGCGCAUGGUGCACGGCCGGCCGCCCGUCGGGGCCAAAGCGGCGUCGCAGUUCCUGCCGGAGCUGAGGCUGUUCGCCGCCUUCUCAGAGGAGCCGCUGGCGGCUCUGCCUCUCGGGAAGGACGCCCCGCUCAUCCUGCUGCCCCCGCAGGCGCCCCUCAAGCUGGCGCACGCCCGCAACGCAGACCAGGUGGAGAAGACGAAGGAGUUCAUGCGGCUGUGCGAGCGCGCCACCUCGCUCCUGCAGGAGGUCGCCGACAGGAUCCACGUGUACGACGUGUCGGUCGGGACGAAGGGCGGCGGCAUGCGGGACCCGCGGUUCUCAAACUGGCCCGUGCGCGGCUUCGCCCCGCUGCCCAAGCACAUCAAGUCCCCGUACGCCAGCGGCGAGCAGUCCACCCCCAGCAGGCGGUCGCAGCGGCGCCCAUGUCCCCCGAGAGGACGGACGCGAGGCCCACGCCGCCGCCCAUCGAGACGAUCCCGACGCGGCGCGGCGGCGAGCAGCGAGGCGCACGAGAAGCUGUCGCCGUCAGUGCACCCGGCGCUCAUCUCGGCCGCGCUGGACCGCGCCACGGAGCGGCGGGUCGAGAAGCGCUCGCGGAAGCCCGAGGACAAGAAGGGCGGCGGCCACCAGCAGGUGACGCCGCAGCUGAGCCAGCACUCGCAGCAGUCGCCGGCGCAGCUGACCUCACCCUCCACGCCGCUGCAGGAGAAGCCCAGCAACAACAAGCUGUUCGUGAAGGCGUCGCAGCAGCGCUCGCAGAAGGCGCGGAUGUUCCGCCACAAGUCGGCGUCGCCGGUGAAGGAGGCGCUGAUGGAGGUGGUGAGUGUGGGGCCGGGCGGCGGAGGCGGCGUGGCGCCCCCGGCCGUGGGCGUGGGCGGCUCCUCGCCCUCGCCGCUGUUCAAGCUGCGCUACAAGUCGCUCACGAACCUGGCCAUGGACUUCGACACGCUGGACUCGAGCACGUCGGGCGGCAAGGGCUCGGCCGACUCGGGCGGGUCGGCCGCCAUCAAGGCCAAGCUGCCCGAGAAGCGCAGCCGGAAGCUCACGCGGCCCAAGAGUCUCACCAACCUGGUGUGG